AGAGGGGCGGGGGCGCGGGCCCGGGCGAAGACCAGAACGGUGGCCGAGACGGCACGGGGAGACGGACGGUGGCCGACGAGGCUCGGCAUGGAGCACCUGGAGCGCUGCGCGUGGAUCUUCCGAGGGACGCUGGUGCGGGCGGCGGUGCGGCGCUACCUCCCUUGGGGGCUGGUGGCCUCCAUGCUGGCAGGCUCCCUUCUCAAGGAGCUCUCCCCGCUUCCCGAGAGCUACCUCAGCAACAAGCGCAACGUCCUCAACGUGUAUUUUGUCAAAGUGGCCUGGGCCUGGACUUUCUGUCUCCUCCUGCCUUUCAUUGCCCUCACCAACUACCACCUGACAGGCAAGGUUGGCCUGGUCCUGCGGCGGCUGAGCACCCUGCUUGUGGGGACGGCCAUCUGGUAUGUCUGCACAGCCAUCUUCUCCAACAUCGAACACUACACGGGCAGCUGCUACCAGUCACCAGCCCUGGAGAGGAUCAGGAAGGAGUCCCCGAGUAAGCAGCAGUGCCACCGGGAAGGAGGCUUUUGGCACGGCUUUGACAUCUCAGGCCACUCCUUCCUGCUGACCUUCUGCGCCCUCAUGAUAGUGGAGGAGAUGGCUGUGCUGCACGAGGUGAAGACGGACCGAAGCCACCACCUCCACGCCGCCAUCACCACCCUGGUCGUCGCCCUGGGCUUCCUGACUCUCAUUUGGGUGUGCAUGUUUCUGUGCACAGCUGUGUAUUUCCACGACUUGUCCCAGAAAGUGUUUGGCACCCUGUUCGGUUUGCUGGGCUGGUAUGGGACCUAUGGGUUUUGGUAUCUGAAAUCUUUCUCCCCAGGACUUCCUCCCCAGAGCUCUAGUUUGAAUUUGAAGCAAGACAGUUAUAAGAAAUAGAAGCAAAAGGGGUGACCGCAGGACAAUGGCUAAUAUAUUUUUUCAUUUAUUUUUCUGAGUUAUUUAACUAAAUUAUUGAUCCUGCUUCAGAGAGGAAGCUUACCAGGCACUUUUAGUGGGUGAUGGUGGAGGCCGGGGAGCCAGUUCAGUCCCCAGACUGUUCUUGGUGAUGUCACCCUGUGUCAUAAGCACCACCAUUCCCAGUCGGGUACUUUUUGUCCCUGGCAAGACUUGACCUUAAUCUGGACCAUCUCUUUUGUCCCUAGAGGGCAGAGCUAAGACUCGGUGAGAGGACAGAAGCAGGAAAGCCUCCGUCGUAGCUGAAGGGGAGGCCAGGGCCUCAGGACUCCUCUCUGCUGCCGUCUUCUCUCCCUGAUUCUAGCUGUCUUUUGUUUUAAUGGCUGUUAAUGCUGUUUUUUAAACACUAUUUCCCUCUGGUCCAUUUUGCGUAAGCAUGUAUUUCCAGCAGGGCUCUUUACAAAUCAACCAACCAUUGCCUGAAAGACACCCUCUGUUGUCAGCAUUUGUUUCAUCCGUGGAAGGUUAGAUAUUACAACUGACUUGUGAUUAGCUAUCAAAACAGUUAAACUGGAGUGCCUCUGCGACUGAAUAUUGGAUGAUUUUUAUGUAAUGAACAUUGAUAAUGUUUUGUCUGUGUCGUCUGUUGGUGUUUGGAGCAGUAAGAUUCCCCUUUUUCUCCUCCUAUCUUGAGUGAGUGCUUUAUGGUUUUUAGUAACAACUAUGGCAUUUGUUCUCUGUGGACAGAACUGAAAAAAGCUCUCAACUCCGCUGCUGCACUUUGGCACAUGUGUACAUUGCUUUGAGGUUUUUUUUUAGAACACUAACUUACUUUUUAUAAACCAAACUCUUGGCUUGUGGUAUUAAAUUCCACCUCAUGGGGCUGUUUUCUCUCUUAAGAAAGAACCCCCAAAGUAGACAUUUUCAUAAUAACUUGAUACAUUGUAAGCUGACAGUAAUUUUACAGAAUGCGUAAUUGCACUGCAGCUUCCCUGACCACCCUUCCUUGGUCUCAUAUGAUAAGUUCAUUGAUCAGUCUGCCCCGACCUAAGGCAUUUUUUACCUUUUGGACAAGAUUAGGAUAAGUCAGAAGUGAAGGAAAAUGACUUCCUGUUUGCCUUUGAUGGCAACAAGCUAAGCUGUGUGCUAAGAUGUCCUUAUCAGAUGGUGGCAUGACUUUGACUCCACCCUCCUCUUAUCUGAACCACCAUCAAAAGUAAACCAAACCCAAGCCUAUUCUACUGGUCUUGAAAUCAGCCUUUUUUGACCGCUUUCCAGCACUUCUCAAUUUCCCAGAUUGUCAUUUUGUGGUCUUCCAUGUGAGAGUGCUGGAAAGGGUUAGAAAUCCUGUCACCUCCACUUCACAAAGGCAGUUACAUGCUCUGAUAAGUACCCUCCCCGCCUCCCCCAGGCUCUCUCUUUAAGCCUUUCAAACAGCCCCUUGCAUUUUGGAUAAUCAUCCUUGAAGCUUCUUUGAUGCCCCCCUUGCCCCCCAGUCAAGCCUGAUAAUAGCCUUAACUGAUAAAGCACACUCACUGCUUAGCUCAAGCUUCGAUUGUUUCCUUGAGCUCUGGAAAAUUGUAUUUCAUAUAAAGAUGUAUGUAAAAUAUGUAGUUUGUAUCCAGCUGAGCUGCAAGUUACUUUGUAUUGAUCAAAAUGUGAGGUAUGAUACCUUGUAUUACAAUAGAAGAAGGUGGCAGAAACACGGGGCAAUGAGAUUGUCCCCACGUGUCACCACGGAGCCUUGGGAGCAUUGGCAUGGUGCGAUGGCCCCAUGAGAUUUCUUUGCCCUCUGGAGUGAAAAUGGGGUGGAAGUGGGCGGGUAGGGUAGGUGGCAGGAGCUUGUUAAAGGGAUUGAAGUCUCUCCCAAGUUUCAUGUUUAGCACCAAAGGGCAACAAGCACAGGGUGACUCCAGAAGUUCAUUUGUCACACUUCAACCUCCAGAUAUUUCUGUGACUGGGUCUGAUUCAGGUUCAGCAUUCGAUUACCAAGCCUUAUACAUUGGUUAGUCUUCUACUACUUCCUGUUCAUUCUUAGCACCCCUGCCUUUCUCUUGGGAAUGUGCCUUCUGUCCCUGUGUGAGACAGCGUGGCAUAGUUGAGUGAAUUCGGGCAUGGCAAAUGUGAGAUAUAGGUUCAAAUCAUGGUACCACGACUGACAGCUGUUUGACCAUGGGCACGCCUCAUUUUCCUCAUCUGUGAAAUGAACGUGGUGCUGUUAGGAUGAAGGGAAGUGAUGCAUGCCAAAUGCCCAGCACAUGUCCCCUUUGUCUUGACUAAGCCUUCAGAACCUUGUGGCUCUUCCAGAGAAGGCAGAGAAACCAACAUCUUUUGAAUGCCAUUUGGGGUCUGGGUCUCCUGUUGAAAUAGCCUUGUAUUGUCUUUUGAAAAGAGCCUGUUGUCUCAGGUACUGAACAAGGGGCUUGUGAGGGCCCCUGUCGUCACAGAAUACUGCCAUGCUCGCUGUGCCUCUCCACGUUGAGGCUCAUUCACGGGCGCCUCCUUUUCCAUGGGCAUCUGUCAUAGUCUGAGUACCAGAUUGUAUUUAGAGAAUGGCUCUUGCCACUGUUAUAUACACACAGAUAGCGUGUGUAAACAAGCAAACCAAGUAAACUGGAGAUAAUGAAAUCACA